AUGGAACGGUCGUUGCUGUUUUUAAUUUUCACGUUUUCGGUAUGUUCGGCAUCUUUCCUAUGUUUCAAAGGUACUUAUCACAUAGAUGUGCUUCCGGAAGACAAGACCGAAGACUACAAUUAUGCGGUGAGUUGAUAUUACCAUUACUUUUGACGUUAAUUAUGUUUUAGUGCUGUGCAACAGUGUCCUUAGAUGGCAAUGUGGAAUACUUUGGUUCAAGCGAAGGCAGUAUACGAAAAAAGAUGUCAGUUUCGUCAAAGUACGCUGGAAAAAGUUGCGCAUUUUCUGGAAAGGACUUUUCUUGGUAAGUGGAGUUGCUCUGGCUUUGGAUGAUAUUUGACCGUUCAAACUCUACUUUUUCUGUUGAUCAAUAUAAAGUAACCUAUUUUAAGCUGCUGUGAUAAGCAUGACAUGUGCAAUUCGAACGCAUUUUUGAGGUAUCAUCUUCUCAAAUACAUGGAAGACAUUAAACAAACUGGGUAGGUUUUUAAAAUUGUUAUUAUGUCAUUUUUCAUAAAUAUUGAUUUUUUUUAAAUUUAUUUUAUCUUUUAUAAAGCAUUUUCAAAUUCAAAAAUGUAAUGUGUAAAAAAAUUUGUCAUUAUGGUUAUCUAAGCAUCAAAAAUGGCAAUUUAUUUUUUUCAGCUCUGGCUCAGAAGUCGCAUUUAUUGGUUUUUUCUUUGGCUUACUCGUUGUUGCUGUAGUUGCUGGCACUUGUAUCGGGAGAUUCAUGUCAGGCCAAAUGGACACUCCCAACACUGCUGAGGUCGCGAAAGAAAAGACUGUGAGCUUAUCAUUUCAGUUUUUAAAAAUUAAUUUAAUUUUUUACGUUGUUAUUAAUGUUAGACGAGUGAUUUUGGUUUGAUUUGGCUUCUUUUCACAAUAUUUUUUCCAGUUUGAAGAAAAAUCUGUAUUUGUUCUCCCUCAACUGUCCAAAGGCGAGCUUGCUCACAUCAAACAGCAGAUCCGACAUGCUCGAACAACCGAAAAGCCAACGAUCAAAUCUCUAACUGGUACUCUGUCGAUCAAAGGCGUCUAUACCUACAACACCAAUACUGUGGUAACGAACAGAGAACUGACCUCAAUCGAGUUGAAGAUCCCAGCCAAAGGGCCCAAGGACUUUAUGGCUAUUCUGAUGCAGAUGAUCACCAUUGGCCCCAGGGAAAUCAAGUUCCCGUUCUCGAUUAUCGACGCGGUUUGUGAAGAAGCUGGCAAUGUUUUCAUGAACGAGCCUACGGCUACUGAGGUAGGUUCUUGUAGGUAUAGGGUGGGGCUAUAGGAUUUGCUUGGGCGGGAUGAUUCUCUCAUUUUUAUGGGGGAGGACAAGGAAAACAUUUUUUGUUUUUAGUAGAAGCUUUAUCAAAGAAAUAUUUAUAAAAUACGACUAUUUGAAAUUAGACACUAUGAUAGUUAAAAUAAGGGUAUUAUUGUAGGCACCAGUACCAUGCCAAGUCUACGGUGACAUUCACGGUCAGUACAGUGAUCUUCUCAGAUUCCUACACUUGAAUGGAUGGCCACCAACUGUCAGAUGUGUAUUUCUUGGUGAUUAUGUUGACAGAGGACGGCAUUGUCUUGAGGUAAGUUUUAAUUUUUUUUGAAAUUUUGGUUAAUUUUUUGAUUAAAAUAGUGAAAAAUAUCGCUUUUUGAUGUUUUUUCGGCGCUAGGACAAAUGCGGUUUUUGGACAUUUGCGGAUCUGCGGUUUUUAGACACUUGCGGAUUUUCGGUUUUUGGACACUUGCGGAUUUUGGACAUUUGCGGAUUUUUUAAAGGCGUUUUUUUUAUUUUUUAUUUAAUUUAGUUGUAGUAUGGUACUAAAUGAUACUAAAGUUUAAAUUGGUACUGUUUUAAUAUGUUUUAGUGCUAAAUAGUACUAAAUUUUAAAUUGGUACUGUUUUAUAUUUUUUGGUACUGAAUGGUACUAAAAGCUCAAAAAGGUACUGUUAUGUUAAAACCGCACCAAUUUAAACUUUCGUACAAUUUAGUAUCAUACUACAAAUAAAUUAACUAAAAAAUUUAAAAAAACCUUUAAAAAAUCCGCAAAUGUCCAAAAUCCGCAAGUGUCCAAAAACCGAAAAUCCGCAAGUGUCUAAAAACCGCAGAUCCGCAAAUGUCCAAAAACCGCAUUUGUCCUAGCGCCGUUUUUUCUUGUCUAAAGCACGGUAAAUGGACAAUUUAUAUAUACAAUAACCUUUAGGUAAUCAUGAUGCUCUUCCUUCUAAAAAUUGUGAUGCCAUACGAUGUGUACAUGGUUAGAGGUAACCACGAAGAUGCCAUCAUCAACAAGUCGUACUCGUUCUUCUCGGAGAUUGAGUACCGUAUCCCCCAUGACAACCAGAAUCAUUAUCGUACGAUGGCCAAGUUUAUCGACACCUUCACCAAGAUCCCAUUAGCCGUCAGAAUCGGCAAACGCGUGAUGGGAGUUCAUGGAGGUCUGAGUCCCAAAAUGGAUUCUUGGGACACGAUCAUCAACAUCAGAAGACCGUGCAACUUGAAGAAAGGCACGUUGAUGUGUGACAUUACCUGGUCGGAUCCCGAACCUACUGCUACUGGUUUUGAGGUGGGGUUUUGUUGUUAAAAAUGGGUUCAAAAGAUUAGUUUAGCUAAUAGGGGUUGAAAAAGUUAAUACUGCUACUAAUUUAACGCAAUUUUGAAACCACUUUUCAUAAUGUAUUACCUAAAUUUACAGCCAAACUUGAAAAGAGACCCAAACGGAGGAAUGGGCUACCAGUUUGGUGUAGAUGCCUUGAAUAAAGUCACCAAUGACCUAAAGGUUGACUUGCUACUCCGUGGACAUCAAUGUCCUAUGAAUGGCUACGAGUUGUUUGGAGAAAGGUGCAUCACGGUCUUCACGGCACCUGGCUACAGAUCUUCUGGAGAUGGGGACAGUAAUCAUGGAUGCUCGAUCUUUAUCGACCACGACUUUAGGCUGAUCAUGACUCGAAUCACGGUCGAUAACAAUGUCAGAGUCAUUAGGGACAUGCAGAAGUUGGAUAAGGUUGGUUUUUGAAAACUUUUGGGUUAGAAAAAUGGUUUUUUACUAUUAGGUUGUUGAAAUAAUUCUGUGCCCUUAACUUCGGAAAUUUGUUUUGGGAGGGGGCACAGGAUUAUUUGAACAACCUAAUAUUAUUUGACUUAAAAUUCAUCAUUUUUGUAGUUUUUGAACUGUGAAGUAUAUUGUUAUAGUAGAAACCUUGACAGAACCAUAAUUUGUUGCUUUCAGGGCGAAGUCUACAAUGAUAUGGGGACGUUGAAAACCAAGAAACAUCACGAUGACGACUGCUAG